AUGGCGACUUCUAAUGUCAUGAAAUCGUGUGCUUCUAAAUUGACCAAAGCAGAGAAAAAAGCUUUAAGAAAGCAAACAAGACUAGUAAAUUCCCUUCGCAGACAUAAUGCCGAUUUAGCAAGCAUAUCAGAAAUACCGACCCGCCAUUUGAUGAUUGGAAAUGGAGGGUUAAUGUGUGGUAUACAACGUGGUCAGCUCGUGAGCUUGUUCCAGAAGUUUGGCAACAUAGAACGUAUUUUAAUGUUUCCUGGCCGAUCAUUUUCAUUUCUGUCGUUUGAAUAUGUCAAUGAAUCGAUGAAAGCCAUGAAGGCGGUACAUGGACGCGUCUUGGAUUGCCCUUCAGAAUUUCCAAGACCGGAAGUGACGUUUUACCUUUCCUUCCUUGCAAGUGUCCCUGAUGACGUCUCCAUUGAGAAUCAGGCUAAGCCGUCUGGCCUCUUUCUGGUGGAAGAUUUUGUCAGUAGAGUGGAAGAAGAAGAACUAAUCAAAGCUCUAGGGUGGGGUAGUGACAGCUGUGAUAGUGAAUAUCAGGGAACAGGUAUUGCUUUACAGUGUACAGCAAUUCAAGCCAGUGGUUUCACGUGGUUGUGAACUCACCCCCCCCCCCUCCCAUCCCCUUCCACACCACAAGUUUGGCCCAGAGUUGCAUUGCAAGCUGCGCCUAAGAUAUAUAGUGUGCACACAUGUAUGUCUCUUUUUAUGUUCACUGUUGAAUGGAUCUAUGAUAAACUUAGAACGUUUAGGUUGAAACUUGCAAGGCAAACUCAAAGCUCAAACUCAAAAACAGUCAAAACCACAGGAAAGCAGCAGGCAAGCUAGUGUUUUGUAUUUGAGUUGGCCAUUUAUGUGUGAAUCAUCAGUGAAUAAAAAUAGAUCCAUUUUAUAAAUUCCCUUAAUUUACAAUAAUAUUAUUAUUCUUGUAAGUGGUUACAUUGUGUAUACUUGAUGCUGAAGACAAACAAUACAACCAGGGUAGUUAUGUAUCAAGGGUAUAGCAAUCUUUCAGUUUUUCAUUGUUAGGAGUUAAUCAUGGGAUAUAGUAAAACAUGGCUUUACAUUUCUACAGCAAAUCAGCAGCUUCGUCACAGAAGAGUCAAGCAUUUUGGUUAUGAGUUCUUGUAUGGGACCAACAACGUGGACAAAUCAAGUCCUUUGCAUGAUGGCAUUCCUAGUGUUUGUGAUGUCAUACUUGAACGUAUCCAGCAGCAUGUAGCAUUCAGACCUGACCAAAUGACUGUGAAUGAGUACAAACCAGGGCAAGGUAGGAAAAAUCUUUUAACCUUAAUACUCAGCGUGCAUGUUCUCCACACCCCUCUCCGUACACCUCUUUCUUUACUCUCUGUUCUCACUCUCCCUCUUUUUGUUCAUUUUCAUGACUAAGACUAAUCAUGGUCGUGGUUUUCACAAUCAAAAUGGUAGUUCACAUCGCAAUUUUGUAGAGUCGGAGGCAUUAUCUUUGAUUUGCAACAGUUUUUAAUUCUGAGGUUGUUAAAUGGCUUGUGGUGAAGGUGGAAUCCAUGUUAGUUGACCAUUUUAAGGUCAUGUGAUCACUUUACGCUUUUCAACCAGACUGAUAAAGGCUGAGCAAUUCACUUGAAGUAUUUCAGGUUAAAUUUAUAAUGUUUCCAGUCAAAUCCUUUUGAAUUAUGUAGUGGAAUAUGAAAUGAAAUUUUUGGCUUAGUUUAGUGUGAUUUUGUAAACAAUAAAUGUUGCCCUUUCCUUCUGCUCCCUCCAGUAGAUUGGUCAGAGUUGAACAUCACUGACUUUUCUUUAUAUUUAUUGUCUCAAAAUUAAAAAAAAAACUAUGCUGAGCAGAAACGUUUUGACAAGAAAUGCUUUUACUUUGCUUAAAGGUAUUCCUCCUCACGUAGACACCCAUUCAGCUUUUGAAGAUGGGAUUGCUUCAAUUAGCCUUGGCUCACAGGUAAUAAUGUAUUUGUUAAUUAAUUUUUUCCCAUCUUUCUCUUCCUUUAUUCAUUUUUGUGACUUUCUUAGGUGACAAUGGAAUUCCGUCAUCCCGAUGGUCGCCAUGUACCAGUUAUUUUACCUAGAAGAAGUUUGCUUGUGAUGACAGGAGAAAGUCGGUACCUUUGGAGUCAUGGGUAAGACAUCAAGUUGUUUCACCCCAAGUUUGAUGUGUCAAUUCAGCUGGGGUGUAUUUGUCAUUUUUAAGCCUAAAAAGGAAUAAGUGUAAAAAGAUAGUAACUGCUCAUAUGGAAUCCAAGCAUAAUUAGAACAACAUUUCUGAUAAGUAUGUUAAGUGUGUUGAAAAUCAUUAUGUUAUGGGGCAAAUCAACUUAACUCCGGGCAAAACGCCAUCUUGCGAAUUGAUUUUUGGGUGAAACGACCGCAAUUCAUUGGUAAGAUAAAAUCUCACCAUUUAGCCCAGGGUAUGUUGUUGGCAGUCAAAUUCCAAUGUUCAACAUUUUUGAAGGAAACAAUUUGUUAAAGAUUAAAAGGAACUUGGACACUAUCAAAGUGGGAAAUUUUUUGCUUUAGAAACUUUUGGAAACUCGUUUUUAGAACGGAAAUUUCACUUUCAAACAUUGCGGUAAAUUUUGGACUUUCCAGAUAAAUUGUUCAAGAUACCAGUCUGGAUCACUGAAGUAAUAUUAUUAUUGUAUUGGCUCACAAAAUGCAUAAAUUCUAUACUGCUUUAUGAUAACUACGAUAUCGUCUACCUGCUACCCAAACAGGGGGUUGUUUUUACUCUUUAUCCCCGAUUUGUUAAAUAUUCAGGAGUUUUAAAAGUUCGUGCUUCGUAAGAAUAGUUGUAGCGAAAUCCGUCUUGUGUUUUUAGCCUCUUAUAAGCUUGGACUGAUGCACGUGAUAUUCUGUCUGUCCUAUAUUGCUUAGAAUAAAAAAAAUGUAUGACAAAGUGUCUCUUAAGAUCUGACGUGAUUUCAUUUCAGUAUAACGCCACGAAAACACGAUAUCAUUUACGACACACAAAGCACAUCGAGCAAGGGAGCUGAUAUCAGUGAAAACGUCAGGGAUGUUUGCACCUCCAAUGAAGGAGCCGAGACGGGAACAACCCUGUUUGAAAGAGAAACAAGGAUAUCCCUAACUUUGCGGAAGAUUCGCCAUACACCGUGUAACUGCUGCUUUCCGUCUCAGUGUGAUUCGCAAACCGAGGAUAAAAGUUCAUCUCAGGUUCCUCCAGCGUCUGAUGUUCCGAAGUCCGAAGUAGAAGCAGAAAAUCUCGAGAAGCUUCAUGUUCAUGAAGUUUACGAGAAGAUUGCACCGCAUUUUAGCGGUACACGCCACAGCCCAUGGCCGAGGGUAGCGGAUUUUCUCCGACAGCAACCCGUGGGAAGUCUUGUGGCUGAUGUCGGCUGCGGAAAUGGAAAAUAUCUCGGGAUAAAUGAUAACAUAUUCAAAACCGGCUCCGACAGAAGUUUUAACCUUGCUGCCAUCUGUAGAGAGCGAGGAUUUUCUGUGAUUGUGUGCGACAUCUUAUCGUUGCCAUACAGGUAGAGCAGGAUUAGUUGAAGAGGAUUAAGCGUCCCUGUAACGAGUCUUGAGCCACCCUUUAGGAAGUGGAGGAGUCGGAUGAACCUCGUUACAUGGAACACCUAAGGUUGCUAGACUAAUUAGUUUCUAUAUGGCUAACGGCGAACAUUAGCCUGCUUAGCCGGCGCUUGUUGUUAGUGUCUCCGUCGCGCCAAGCGCUUGCUACGCAGGCUAGGCGAAUGUUGUCUGUUUGCAGUCUGCUGUGUCAUUGUACCCCCACCCACCCCCUCCUGGAUAGAAUAGGAAUGUGUUGGGAAUUGAACAGAAAACACGUUACCGAGAGUGGACGGUGAAUGCAGAGCUAUUUGUAUUUAUUGGUCCCCUAGGCACGGCUAGGAGGCGGGCAAAGGAAGUCCAUAACCCGUCACGGCGUUUUCGCAGACUAGUUCAAUUUUAAAAAGAAGGGGUAAGCUUCAAAAGAAACUACAGAGCUAAGUCGGUGGGCGAGUGAUAAUAAUCUGAUUUCAUCAAAUCAAUGAGUUGAUAAGGUCAAUUUAACACCGUAAAUAAAUUCAAAGGCUGAUGUUUUUAGCGUCAACCCAUCGCGAAUACAAAGAGCUCUGACGAAAAGCUAACUUUUAAGACGCCGGCUUUGGAAUCUUUUCACAGUGUUAAAACCAACUCUAAGUUUAUUUUAGUUUGAAUUUUCAGCAAAUUUACACUAUCGCACAAGUCCCACAAACCAGGCAUUAAAAGGAAAAAAAAAACCGGAAAAUGUUAUUUUUGACUUGUUAAUGACGUUCAGUUUCCUUUCUAUUAAAAUUAUAUUGUACUACGGAUACGCACACGUACUGAGUAGAGCUUACAUUUCCGCUGAAAGUACUCCAAAAUAUUCCCAAAAAUAACUUAGUCCAUGAAUAUAAAUAUUAAUAACAAAACAGCCAAGACAAAAGCGACUUGAGGUUUCCCGAUAUUUCGGACAAGCCGUCUUUCUUGAGGGAAUUUAAUGAAGAAACGGGAAGUUGCUAAGAUUAGUAUGGGAGCUUUAUGCCCUAGAUAAUGAGCUCAUGAUGAAGUUGGGAUGUUGCAAACCCUUUUUCUGUGUUAGGCUGAUUUAUUUGAAUUUUUUUUUUCAGGUCAAACGCUUUUGAUGUUUGUCUGUGUAUCGCCGUGCUGCAUCAUCUCUCGACACCUGAGCGACGUCUGGCAGGUCUCAAGGAACUGGUACGAGUCACACGGCCGGGUGGACUGGUGCUAGUUUACGUCUGGGCCUUGGAACAAGAGGCAAAGAAGGUUAAAAAGUCAGAUUUAAAGGAAGUGGAAUUCACAGCAGAUUAUCCAAAAAGAAACGGAAACAAGGGCGGUAGCUUAAAAGAAAAUGACGUUUCAGAAGAACUUCCUACGAGGAUAGAAAACUUUUCAAGUAGUUCCGAAAAUUCGACUGAUUGUUAUUUCUCAAGGCUGCGGGUUAAUGCCAGUCGAGAAGCGUUUGAGCAGCAAGAUUUGUUUGUACCAUGGAAAUAUAGUGGACCAGGCAAACAGCAAGAGAAGCAGGAAAGGGCAAAGGGAAAGAAAGAUGAUGACGUCACAGNGACUGGUGCUAGUUUACGUCUGGGCCUUGGAACAGGAGGCAAAGAAGGUUAAAAAGUCAGAUUUAAAGGAAGUGGAAUUCACAGCAAAAGAUUAUCCAGAAAGAAACGGAAACAAGGGCGGUAGCUUAAGAGAAAACUACGUUUCAGAAGAACUUCCUACGAGGAUAGAAAACUUCCCAAGUAGUUCCGAAAAUUCGACUGAUUGUUAUUUCUCAAGGCUGCGGGUUAAUGCCAGUCGAGAAGCGUUUGAGCAGCAAGAUUUGUUUGUACCAUGGAAAUAUAGUGGACCAGGCAAACAGCAAGAGAAGCAGGAAAGGGCAAAGGGAAAGAAAGAUGAUGACGUCACAGGAGGUCACGUGUUUCACCGGUACUAUCACGUGUUCCAAGAUGGCGAGCUUCGGGAACUUUGUAAUCAAGUCAGUGACGUAACAGUGGAGAAACUUUACUACGAUAAGGGAAAUUGGUGUGUAGUACUCAGAAAAGAACACAAAGACGAGGGGAAAUUAAAAAAUGAAACUUAG